CCGGUUCCUCUUCCUCACUGCGGUCGUCCCGCCCCGGUGUCCCGGACUCCUGCACCGCGAGGCGGUGCCAUGCAGAAGGCCGGGCUGUCGCUGGCCUGCGGCGCCCGGGCGUGGAGGUCUGUGCGGAAGGCCAGCUCCGGGAUGGCGCGCCAGGACCCGCUCGCCAAUAAGGUGGCCCUAGUAACGGCCUCCACCGACGGGAUCGGCUUCGCUAUCGCCCGGCGCCUGGCCCGGGACGGGGCGCACGUGGUGGUCAGCAGCCGGAAGCAGCACAACGUGGACCGGGCGGUGGCAGCGCUGCAGGGCGAGGGGCUGAGCGUGACGGGCACCGUGUGCCACGUGGGGAAGGCCGAGGACCGGGAGCGGCUGGUGGCCACGGCUGUGAACCUUCACGGGGGCAUUGACAUCCUGAUCUCCAAUGCUGCAGUCAACCCUUUCUUUGGAAACCUAAUGGAUAUCACUGAGGAGAUGUGGGACAAGAUCCUGGACAUUAAUGUGAAGGCCACAGCCCUCAUGACCAAGGCAGUGGUGCCAGAGAUGGAGAAACGAGGGUACAGACAAGGUGGCUCAGUGGUGAUUGUGGCCUCCAUAGGAGCCUACUUUCCGUUUCCUGGCCUGGGCCCCUACAAUGUUAGUAAAACAGCGUUGCUGGGCCUCACCAAGAACCUGGCCAGAGAGCUCGACCAAAGGAACAUUAGAGUGAACUGCCUGGCACCAGGACUCAUUAAGACUAGCUUCAGCAAAGUGCUUUGGAUGGACAAGGCAAGGGAGGAGAGCAUAAAAAAAGUCAUGCAGAUAAGAAGGAUGGGCAAGCCAGAUGACUGUGCAGGCAUCGUGUCAUUCCUGUGCUCUGAAGAUGCCAGCUACAUCACUGGGGAGACAGUGGUAGUGGGUGGAGGGACACCAUCCCGCCUCUGAGGACCUGGAGAGACCUCACCAGGGCAGAGAUUGGGCUCCAUGCCUGAGUCCUGUUCUAGUAUUCAUCGACUUGCCUUUCCCACCUCUGCCUAAUAUAUUGCUCACCUUACACCCCACCCCACCCCCCAAAUCAGUUCUGCUCUGUGAAAAGAUCCAGCCUUCCCUGUGGUCAAAGUAUCCUCUUGUGAGGAUUCCCUCUGUUGCUGUACCCUUGGAUACAAACUUCCCCUGAGAGUAUAGGGCAGGCCUGCUGAGAAAGCUAUGUCUACCUUGGCAAAAACCAACCAGUAUCUUUUUCCCUUGCAUGGGGAAACUUGAGGGAGAUGGGACUGAAGGAACCCAGGUGGGAAGAGCAGGGUGGAAAAAUCAACAACCUGCACAGGGAGAUGCAAAUAAAAUGCAGAUGAUUGUGUUGCUUUGAA